CGGGACGGGUGGCGCUGCCCGAGGGCGCGUGUCACCCGCGGAGCUGCCGAGCCGAGCCGGGUCCGCCCGGGCUGGCUGUCACCCGCGCCCCGCUCCGGUGCCGGCACCGCCGCGCCGGGAGCCCCGCGCCUCGCCCGCUCUCCCCAGGGACGCGCCGCGGCUCCCGGAGGGCGUGGAGAAGGGAGCCUGGCAGCCGGUGCCGGUGACAGCCCGCCCGCGGGGAGCCGCCUGCCCGACUACUGAGAAUUAACCCCGAACCGAGCCCAAACCUGCUCCUCGAGGGGCGCGGGGCGGCCCUGCUCGCCACCGCUCCCGCAGCCCCGGGGCUCCGCAGGCGGGGCUCCCCAGAGCCGGGCGGAGCGCCGGCGGCUCCGUGUGUCUGUCCCCGCUCAGGCGGCUCCGUGUGUCUGUCCCCGCUCAGGCGGCUCCGUGUGUCUGUCCCCGUUCAAGCGGCUCCGUGUGUCUGUCCUUCCACCGGGGCGUCCGUGUGUCAGUUCCCCACCGGGGCUGCCUGACCGGCGGGUCCGUGUUCCUGUUCUCCGCUCCGGGUCCGUGCGUCUGUCCCCGCACCAGCGGGUUUGUGUGUCAGUCCCCCGCCUCUGCUGCUCCAUCGGCGGGUCCGUGAGUCGGUCCGCUCGCCGGCGGGUCCGUGUGUCGGUUCGUGUGUCCCUCCGCUCGCCGGCGGGUCCGUGUGUCGGUCCGUGUGUCCGUCCGCUCACCGGCCGGUCCGUGUCUCUCGCAGCCGUCGCGCCGGGCAGGCUGGAGCCGCCGCCGCGCUCUGAACCCGCGGACACCUCGCUCCCCGCCGCGCUCCGACGCUGUCCGCCCUCGGCUGCCCCGAACACGCCGCUCCCUCGGCUGAAGCCAUGCCCUGUGUUCAGGCUCAGUAUGGGUCCUCGCCUCAAGGAGCCAGCCCGGCCUCCCAGAGCUACAGCUACCACUCCUCGGGAGAAUACAGCUCCGAUUUCCUAACUCCGGAGUUCGUCAAGUUUAGCAUGGACCUCACCAACACCGAAAUCACCGCCACCACUUCUCUCCCCAGCUUCAGUACCUUUAUGGACAACUACAACACGAGCUACGACGUGAAGCCCCCCUGCUUGUACCAAAUGCCCCUGUCCGGACAGCAGUCCUCCAUUAAGGUGGAAGACAUUCAGAUGCACGGCUACCAGCAGCACGGCCACCUGCCCCCCCAGUCCGAGGAGAUGAUGUCCCACUCGGGCUCCGUCUACUACAAGCCCUCGUCGCCCCCGACCCCCUCCACGCCCGGCUUCCAGGUGCAGCACGGCCCCGUGUGGGACGAGCCCGGCUCCCUGCACAACUUCCACCCCAACUACGUGGCCACCACGCACAUGAUCGAGCAGCGCAAAACGCCCGUGUCCCGCCUGUCCCUGUUCUCCUUCAAGCAGUCCCCGCCCGGCACGCCCGUGUCCAGCUGCCAGAUGCGCUUCGAGGGCCCCCUGCACGUACCCAUGGGCGCCGAGCCGGCGGGGCCGCACCACGGCGUGGACGGGCAGCCCUUCGCCGUGCCCGGCGGCAUCCGCAAGCAGCCCUCCAUGGCCUUCCCCGGGCUGCAGCUGGGCCCCGCGCCGCAGCUGCUGGACAGCCAGGUGCCCUCGCCGCCCUCCCGGGGCUCGCCGUCCAACGAGGGGCUCUGCGCCGUGUGCGGCGACAACGCGGCCUGCCAGCACUACGGCGUGCGCACCUGCGAGGGCUGCAAGGGCUUCUUCAAGCGCACGGUGCAGAAGAACGCCAAGUACGUGUGUCUGGCCAACAAGAACUGCCCGGUGGACAAGCGCCGCCGCAACCGCUGCCAGUACUGCCGCUUCCAGAAGUGCCUGGCCGUCGGCAUGGUCAAGGAGGUGGUGCGCACAGACAGCCUCAAAGGCCGGCGGGGCCGCUUGCCGUCCAAACCGAAGAGCCCCCAGGAGCCUUCUCCCCCCUCUCCCCCGGUGAGUCUGAUCAGUGCGCUGGUGAGAGCCCAUGUCGACUCCAACCCGGCUAUGACCAGCCUGGACUAUUCCCGGUUCCAGGCUAACCCCGACUACCAGCUGAGCGGCGACGACACCCAGCACAUCCAGCAGUUCUACGAUCUCCUGACCGGCUCCAUGGAGAUCAUCCGAGGGUGGGCAGAAAAAAUCCCCGGCUUCACCGACCUCCCCAAGACGGACCAGGACCUGCUCUUCGAGUCCGCCUUCCUGGAGCUGUUCGUGCUGCGGCUGGCGUACAGGUCCAACCCCGUGGAGGGGAAGCUGAUCUUCUGCAACGGGGUGGUCCUGCACCGGUUGCAGUGCAUCCGUGGCUUUGGGGAGUGGAUCGAUUCCAUCGUGGAAUUUUCCUCCAACUUGCAAAACAUGAACAUCGACAUCUCUGCCUUCUCCUGCAUCGCUGCCCUGGCCAUGGUGACAGGUCAGUGUCCCCCUCCUGCUCCCCCGCCCGCCCUGCUCCCAGCCAGGCCCCUAACGUCCCGCACCCUUCUCUUUGCAGAGAGGCACGGGCUUAAGGAACCCAAGAGGGUGGAAGAGCUUCAGAACAAGAUUGUAAAUUGUCUCAAAGACCACGUGACUUUCAAUAACGGGGGGCUGAAUCGCCCCAACUAUUUGUCCAAACUCUUGGGGAAGCUCCCUGAACUCCGCACGCUUUGCACACAGGGGCUGCAGCGCAUUUUCUACCUGAAACUGGAAGAUUUGGUGCCACCGCCAGCAAUAAUUGACAAACUUUUCCUGGACACUUUACCUUUUUAAGACUCUUCCCGCACGCUUCCGCUGACCCGAGGAGAAGCUCCACCUGCCUGAAGGGGAGCUGCUGUGGGCCCAGAGCAGCACCCCUGGGUGCCAGCUCCCACCCAGCCGGUGUUGCCAACUCCUGCAGGCAGAACGCGAUGGGCAUUUUGGCUCUGGGCCACCAUGGAUGCAGCUCAUGGACUACACAAAUACCAUGGUAUAAACUUUUUAUUCUCGGCUUCUAAACGAGUUUGUUAUUCAGGACUUCCGGUGCAAAGACAAGCCUGCCUGGCGGCGCCGUGCCAAACCCAGCGCCGCGGCCACCCGCGAGCCUCACCCUCCUAAAGACUAAAGUUUUCUGCAGUAAAAGAAAGCUGCAAUAUACCCAAACCCCAAACGUUGCGUGGGUGGCGUGGCAUUAAUGAAGGCGAAGGCUUGUAAAUUUAUCAGAUGCAGUUUGGCUUUUAAAGAGAAAAAAAAAAAAAAAGAAGUUCUUCUGUGCCUAUUUAUGAUGAAACGUGGAAAAUAAUUCUAAAAUUAAAAAAAUAAUCAAAAAUAAAAGCUAAAUGUGUUUGGGAAAAAAAAAAAAAUUAAAAAAUGGAGAAUUAAAAAAAAGAAAGAAAACCCAAUCUGUCCAUACCAGGGAAGCAUGAUGAUUCCAGGGUGACAAUGUUAUAGGCACUUGCUAUUUCAGUAAUGUCUAUAUUCUAUAAAUAGUAUUUCAGACACUAUGUAGUCUGGUAGCUUUUAUAAAGACUGGUAGUUAUCUAAGCUUCAAACAUUUUCUCAAUUGUAAAAUAGGUGGGCACAAGUGUUACCCCCCGGAAUCCCCCCCAAAGGGACACAUAGUGUUUGUAAACACCGCCCGACACCCCUUGUUUGUAAGUGUUGUAUGUACUGUUGAUGUUGAUUAAAGAAGAAGUUUAUAUCUUGAUUAUUUUGUUGUCUAAAGCUAAACAGAUCUUGCAUGCAGCAGCUUUUGACUGUUUCCAGAGUGCUUAUACUAUACAUAACUCCCUGGAAAUUACUGAGCACUUUGAAUUCUUGGUUUGUUUUGUUCCAUUUGGGUUUUUUAUGUCUAAAAAUUGUCGGUUAAUAUAUUAUUUUAUGUUCGAGUAAUAUUUUUAAUAUUGCCAUAUUCUGUAGUAUUUUUCUUUGUAUACCCCGGUUUGGCACACGGGAAAGUCGCUGCCUUUUUUUAAUAUGGUGUACGACAGUUAGAAACGCGGAUUAUUAUUAUUAUAAUUAUUAUUAUUAUUAUUAUUUUUUCUCCCGAGAACUCUUUCUUUGAGAAAGACAAUUUUAAUGUUUACAACAAUAAAACAUGUAAACGAA